AUGGAAGACGAGACGCAGUUCGAGUUGCUGGCGAAGUUCGUUUUUCAGCUGUACGACCAGCAGCAGCGGGGGGAAGUCUCGCCCGCGGCGCUGGGGUGUAUGCUGAGGUCUUUGGGCCAAGUUUGGAGUUUUGGAGAACUUUUGGAAGUUAUAAAAGCCCAAGGAGAAAGACAAGUUCGUUUUGCUGCUUUCUUUGCUGCAGCAAAGCAAAAGCGCGCAGCAGAGCGCAAGGCGCUGGCCGCAGCAGCCCGCAGCAGCAGCAGCAGCAGCAGCAGCAGCAGCAGCAGCAGCAGCAGCGUGCCCGGGCUUUCUGCGCAGGAGCAGCAGGAACUUGCUGCUUGCUUCCAGCUGCUGGACCCCGAAAAGUCAGCUGCUGCUGCAGCCAUACACAGGAGCAGCAGCAGCAGCUGCAGCAGCAGCAGCAGCAGCAGCAGCAAGCGUGUCUCGACGGUAGACACCGCGCUUCCCCAGCAGAAUCGAUUGACCCACGCUGCAGCAGCAGCAGCAGCAGCAGAAGCAGCAGCAGCAAGGAUCUCAGCCAGCGCAGCAUCUGCUGCUACCGCAACCAGAACAAUUAUUGUUUCAACGGCAGCAGCAACAACAGCAGCAGCAGCAGCAGCAGCAGAAACACAGCUGCAGACUUUUCCCCCAUCCAGCAGCAGCAGCCGCAGAAGCAGCAGCAGCAGCAGCAGCAGCAGCAAGAAUCAAACCAAUUGA